UCUCUUUCUCUUUCUCUUUCUCUCAUCUAAUGGAGAUGGAAGAGCAGUACGGACUCCCGGAUCUACGACAGUUGAUGGGUGGAAGAACCCAUUUUCCGGUCAAGCCCCAAGUUGCAGUGCAAUUCUCCAGCCACAGUGAUCUUACAAGAAGAGUUAACCAUUAUAACGAGAUGAUAAUGGGGGAUCAUCGCCAGGUAACCGACUCAACAACCUCCACUUCUGCAGCUGCUGCUUCAGCUCUAUGUGGCCUAGAGAUGGCAGAAGCUUGCUUUGGAGGUGACGGUGGGAAUGGCAGAUGGCCCAGGCAAGAGACUCUUACCCUUCUAGACAUCAGAUCUCGUCUUGAUCUCAACUUCAAAGAAGCUAAUCAGAAAGGACCCUUAUGGGAUCAAAUCUCCAGGAUAAUGGCAGAAGAACAUGGGUACCAAAGGAGUGGGAAGAAAUGUAGAGAGAAGUUUGAGAACUUGUACAAGUACUACAAGAAGACCAAGGAUGGGAAAGGUGGAAGACAAGACGGUAAGCAUUACAGGUUCUUUCGUCAACUUGAAGCUCUCUAUGGUGAAACAACCACCACUACCACUGCUCUUACUCCACUGUCACCCUCGCAAACCCAAACCCACCUUGGUGCACCUCAUUGCAUCCCCCAGGUAAAUCAAAGCACACAAAGAGUCUCUCUAUCUCAGAAGAAGCAGUGGGAGAGUCUCAGCCUCUCUAGUUCAUCGGAUUUGGACUCUUCGUCUUCUGAAGAGAAGAGAGAAAGUCAUCAUAAGAGGCGUCGGAAGAGUUGGAAGGCUAAGUUUAGAGACUUCGUGGACUCAGAGAUGAGGAGGUUAGUGGAGACACAAGAGGCCUGGAUGGAGAAGAUGUUGAAGACUCUUGAACGUAAGGAACAGGAGAGGAUGAUUAGAGAGGAAGCUUGGAGGAAGGAAGAGGCUGCACGUUUAGCCAGGGAAUUCAAAUUCUGGGCUCAUGAGAGAGAUUGGGUUGAAGCUCGAGAUGCUGCCCUAAUGGAGGCCUUGCAGAAAUUCACUGGGAGAGAACCCAAAGCUUCUUCGUCCCCGGAGGAACUGGUAGCGACCACCCAAGACAAUAGCGAAAUCCAGAAUGAAAAUGGAAGCGAGACACAUUGCGUAGACAAUUUAACAAACAAGGCUUCAUCACAUAGACAGCUUGAUCAUCUAUCUUACAGACAAGGAAGUGAGGAACAAGGAGGUGAGACUGUGGGGCUUCAAGUUCAAACUAGUGAUGCCCUGUCUCCUUCUAACUCUAACCCACGCAAUGCAGUGAACGAUAGCUGCUUUCGAUAUCUGAUGGCUGAAGAAGAGCCCUUGUGGGAGAAUUAUGAUGUCAAACUCGACAAAGGAGGGAACCCGUAAGUUUUGUUUCCCUUCUCUUUCCCUUUUCAUCUGGUAUGAUAGUCUUGAAGAAUCAGAGAGAGAGAGAGAGAGAGAGAGAGAGAGAGAGAGAGAGAGAGAGAGGCAUGAAUAUCAACAAUGUAUUUAUCUCUUGUCCUGGACUUGGGAUAUGAAGGGAAUGGGUAGUAAUGGUGUCUCUUUGUCUUUGUGGGAGAGAGCAGGUGGUUGGGUGAGGAUUAAUUAAUGGAAAAUGUAAUGUUAUGUGGCUUUGAUUAUCCUAUUAGGAUGAUUCAAGCAAAACCAACUGGCUGAGUAUUGAGGCUUUCAUUUAUUAAUAAAAAAAC